AUGAGGAGAAAGAGCAUUCCGUUCAUCCCGGGCCCCAUCCUCGCUGGCUCGCUCGUGGACGCGGCCUGCACGCUGUGGGAGCACAACUCAUGUGAGGGGCGCGGUGCCUGCCUGCUCUACGAUCACAGGAAGUUCCGGCUGACCAUCCACGGCCUGGUCACCGUCGUGAAGCUGGGUUCCUGUUUGCUCUAUCUCACCGCCUUCUGUCUCUGCCGCACCCCCGUGCAAGAAUCACGCCGAAAACCACCGCCAGAUGGCGCCGCGGACGACGUCGACGACGAUGCGACCUGAGUCGCUUUCUACCGCCGGCGACAACGACGACGUCGAUGGUGCUGCCCCCUGGUGGCGCGCGCGUGCGUUAUUCCUCGGUCGCGUGUGGGAAGUCUACGGUCGCGCCUCCCCGCGGACGUGUUAACGAGGCGACUAGCGCCACCUGGUGUCGACUGGCGCCAUAACCGCGUGGCCGACGGCGGGAGAGCGUGAGAGCGACGGCAAGCUAUAGCGCUAAUCGCUGCAAUGCGGCUUUGACGUGAUAGGAAGCCCAUAAAUUCACAUGCGUCUGCUGUACUGUGAUUGUGUCGCUUUGACCUGGCCGGUCCGCUCAGCUCGGAGUCCGUAGGCGUCGCGUCAUCCUUGCCGAUUCUAAUACUGGCGUGCCGGUCCUUGUCUGUCACCUAUUGCCGGUUCCAAUACUUCUCUUCACACAAUCACGUUGAUCACGAGUCCGUUGGUAAUGCUACUACUACCUUACUACUUGGCGCAAAGGCGUCAGGACAGAAUGGACGAAAAACAGCGUAGCCGUGGCGAUGCAGACUACGUGGCCUGCGUAUAAAUACGUAUAAAUACGUAUAAAUACGUAUAAAUACGUAUAA